GUUGAUUUUUACCUACGUGAACGCAGGCGACGCUGGGCAACAGGCUGUGUGUCUUGUCGCGUUUUGUGUCUUUCUGCGGGGAAACAAAUAAUUCGUCAUGCGAUAGCACUAUCGCAACUUAUCGGUCUUUUCUCUCGCAUAGAGUUCAGUGCCGUACGCGCUUUCUUCUCCACGACUUUCUUCUAUUUCCUUACUAGGCUGUGGUAGAAAAAAUGAUUUCCAUCCAGAACCCUCAGCUCAAGGCUAUAUUUCUCGUUCACCUGCUCCUCACAGUAUGGCCACUGCAGGAAGCAUGGGCGCCCCAAGCGUAUCUCUACUACAACCUCAUUUACCUGCUGAUGUUGGCUUGGGCGAUACAUCACAAGGAUUCCGAGGAGCCUGUUUUUAUGGCGUUAGCCAUAAACCUUGGUACAAUCUUGAUGGACAUUGUCACGCUGGGAAUGCACUUCCCCCACCAGUUCACAUUUUGUGCGGGCAUUGCCAUUGUUAACCUUUUGUUUCGGCCGGUGUCAUCGGUAUUCCUGCUGCGCAUCUUCAACGAGCGGGGAGGCAGAUAUGCGGACCUGGGCAUUCCGAACUUCGCUGGCGGUGUGGGCAGCAGCGGCCGGGGUCAGUACGACGACAUCGACCAGACCACUACCCAGAGCGUACCGAAGACCGGAAUAGACACUGGUAGCCCGAGCCAUGCCUACUCCUCUGGGGGCGAUGGGCUGCCUCCUUACUCGCAGCCAUAGUCGCUCAAUCGCAGCCCCCGCACCCCUCUCCACUCAUUUUGUUGGAACGGUGCUGUCUUUAGUGGCCAGAACUAACGGGAACGUGAUUGCAUGCCCAUUCUUCAGAUUCAGCAUCGGCAUUUUUUUUUCUCUGUCUCUAUUUUUUCUUCAAUUAGUUUUUCGAAGUUAGAAUGCCAUUCGUCGAUCCUGAACCCUACAAGGAAGCCUCGUUGUCUAGUUAUGAACUCAUGAGGCCUUUGUUGUGGCAUAUUUCACUAGUCUUCUGUGAUGUAAGAUCCACUUACCUCAUUCUUUUACAUGCCAGUCACGUUAGUAUGCUGACAAGCAUUUUCCACUUGCUCACGGACAUGGUAACAAAAAUUUGUUGAGGCUUUGCAAAUCUGUGAUGUUUUUGUUCCUAUAAAUGAUGGCGUAGAUAGAUAGAGCUUGUACAUCACUUUGAUGUUUGCUCUUGAAUCCAAACUUUAUUCCACGGUUAUGAAGUAGCUUCCCAAACCAGGGCGUGCUGUGACCUAUGCCAAUUUGUGGUGGUGGCAAUGUUCCAGGAAAAAAAAGAAAAGAAAGUUUACUCGCCCUACCUCCUGUAAUGCCUGUAUGUUAGUAGAUUGCUUUUGCCAUGCUAAUUAAUGCAGCCAAUCGUGGCAUGCUUUUGUUUUUACACACGUUGGCAAAAUAUAAUAGAUUGCCUUUCAGUAUAUUUCUUUCAAUUUCUUCCUGACCAGAAAAAACAAUAGUGCAGCAUUUAAAGUAGCGUUUGUUAAUGCAGUUUAUUAUUGCACUUUUUUUUUUGUCUCAUGCAGUUAUCUUCAUGCAUAGGUCACUCAUGUCUGGCCAUUGAAGACAGCAUGCCACUGUUUCUCUCGCAAACGAGGGGUGUGCUGCAAGAAUGUGUGCUUUGAAAUUUCAUUAACUGUGCAAAGUGGUAUUGAGCAAUUAAUCAUUGUUUCUCUGCACUAAGCUACACAUUAUGACACAAGAAAUGCAGCUGCUUAGGGAGAGAUCCCAUAAUAACUUCCGUAACGGCAUUUGGAGGCUGUUGCACUCCCAGCUUUUAUAACACACUUGAUUUUUUUUUCAGAUGUGUGUGUAAAUGAAACAUCCCUCUUUAUUUCCAAAGGCACCAGUUCUGACCCCUGGAAUCCAGCGUAAUAAUGGCUUAUCGCAAAUGUGCCCAUCUUUCUCACCUUAGGGUCCUCAUUUCAUUUGUCACUGCUUGUGUGGAAGGAAAAAAAUAUUUACAAUAGCUUCACGUUUUCAUCUUUUCUGCAGCUGACUGUUCUUUAUACAUGCUGUAUUUUUUUUUGGAUAUGCUUUCUUUUUCUAGUCAUUGUUGGGAAUGCCACUGUUUACUUGUUGCACAGGCUGCCUUUAACCCUUGCAGCCAUUGCAAAGCUGUAAUUUUUUUUAUUUUUUUGCAUGUCUGCUUGAGAUGUUUCAGAAAUAGGGGACUCAGAGUCACGGCACGCUGUCAGGCUUAGGCCGGCAAACUCACUCAUGAGUCGACUCAAUCAGGCUCACUUAGAGUCGGGUAAAGCCAUGAGUCUGAGUGAGUCUGGGUGAGUAAUAUGUUGGUGAGAUUGAUUCCGAAUGAGCCCGGUUGAGGAAAAUUUUAUUGAGUCUGAGUUCGAAUGAGUCCGGCUGAGGAAAGUUUUGGUGAGUCCAAGUCCGAGUGAGCCCUCAGAGCAAAAUAUAUUUUUUGAGUGAGUCUGCGUGAGCUCAACCUUUUAUUGCCAACCUAUGCUGUCAGGUGCUGCAUAAACAGUGUGUUUUGUUUCUUCUCCUAGGAGGCAUACGGCAUGUGAGAACAGAACGUCAUGAUGUUUUGGCGCUAGCUUAUCAGUGAAGCGUGAGCCGACACUUUCCAUCUUGUCUGAUUUGUGCCAAGCCAACAGCGCAGGAUAUGUACUGAUUAGGCAAGGACAUAGGUGCAGCACGAUUGGCAAGAUAAAGGAGCAGCGGUGCUGCUAUCAGUGCACUGUUGGUGGCAGCUUUCCAUUGGCUAGAGGACGCAACUUCAAGACUGGCGCUUCGCAAGAAAUCAAAAUUCAGUGACAAACGAGCAAGUGUAAAUCAGCAUCAGUGAAUAAUUUCUAGCGAGGCACUAGAGCACACAAAACACAUCUCAGUGUUGAAGCAAAUGCCGAAGGUAACGGCAUUCUCUACCCAUUUGAUCACCUUUUCAUUCACAGCCCAUCCCGCUUUUGAGGAAUGUAACUGAAACUGGUUUGUUCACAAGAUGUUGUAGUAAAUCGCUUAGGGCACUCUGAUACUUGCCAGUACUUUUGGUUUUGAAGUCAACGAUUCUUGUUUAACUCGAGAAACUUGAAGACUUCAUAUCGGCUUUUCUUUUAAAAAGGAGCGGGGACUGGUUUUGCUGUGUGCAGCCUCGAUGCUUUGCGAUUCCAAAGCCUUUUCGGUGCAGCUAUGUGUGCUUUGCUGUCGUAGUACCCGUGAAGGAUUGUUGAAUGGUUCCUUAUUUUAUACUUACCGUUUUUCUAGUUUUAGUGUCCUCCACGGAGAGCUUUUCAUUAAUGAUUAUUUUCUCGCAUGAAUGAACGUUGUUGCCGAAUUACUGAGUGCCCAUUGUAUACCGAGCACUCUCGUCGUUUAGUGCUAGUACUCGUACACCAUUCCUACUGUAUUCCGGUUCACGAUACUUGUGAAACUUGCUUGAAACCGAGGUACUUAUUUUUUAUGUGUUCGUGUUUGCACGCAUUCCCGAGAUUCUUUUAAGCACUUAUUCGAUGUAGCUGCUUCACAGGGACUUUUCACAUGUGACUGAAGCAGAGAACAUUUUAUUUUUUUGCUUUAUCGGUUUGGUUGUUCAAACCAGCGACACAACGUGCGGUUGAAAGUUGUUUUAAGUGUGUUGCGAUUGUUUGCUUCAAGGUACUGCACCAAAUACCUGAAAUGAAAUUAGUUCCCCAACUUUUGGGGAUGUAUCUACAUCUGUGAGCUGUGCUCCAGGCUAGUGUAAUUGUAACAGUUAUCUGUACAAUAACCUUGUAAUUUUGUUCAGCACGUUUGUCUUGUACAGUCACUUUGAAACAGGUAUCCAGGGAAAUGUUGCAAUUUUUUUGUAAUUUCAAUUUUUUUUCUCUCGGCACUUACACUCUUUAAACUGCUCACAUUGUGAUGUGACCAUUCCUUAUUUUCUCUUCCCCUAUUAUGAACAUCCUUUCUUUUUUAAGAGGCUCUGUCAUUCUUGCUGAGCACUACUACUUUUUUGUUGGCGGUUUAAUCAACAUAAUAUAAACACGCUGCACAAGUUCGAUUGUUAUUUGCCCGUGCAUAUUUCAUGUGUGAGAACAGGCUUAUUGGAAUCUAAAAUUUCCAGGUACUAUGUAUGCAUGUUCAUCAAAUGGCUCCAAGAAGUAGUGCUUGACUAAUUCGUUUUCGCUGUGAGCAGUUAUCCAAGUCUGUGGACGUUAUUUUGAGUGUUGCUGUAAAAAAAAAUUCACUUCCUGAACUGUUUCGUAAUGUAAUACCUAAUGUAUCUUAUAUGCUACACAGAGGUUGAAACCCAAAGACGCUGAGCAUGUGAAAGUUAGCAGGAAGCCCUUUGUUGUGUUUUUGUUGUACUGGAGUGAAGUUUCAUCGGUGUACAUUUCAAGAAACCAACAAAUGAAUUAAUUACCAUUCACUGAUUACAUUUUACUUCUAAUGACAUUUAAUUGUUUUGUACAAUGUGUACUCUCCAUGGGUGGAAAAUAAAGACAAAAAGUUUGUUCAAGUUUUCAUCAAAGCAGAACUAUGCUUACAGGGUUAAAUUUUUUUACUGUGAUCUGUUCAGAAGCAUGAGUAAUAUUUUUGGUACUGCUUACAUUUGCAACAUUAUGGAACAGUCAUGUUCUACUUCUCAGGUUUGAAGGGGUCCACUCUAUGCACGGCUGGUGCAGAAGCCUAGCUCCGGUCCCAGCCGCAAAUAGUCGUACCGUGCACGUGUCAAAGUCCCCUUCCCGUAGUGCGCGUCAUCGCAGCUACGACGAGUUCAGGCGAAUAAAGCAACAGGCUAGAACAACAAACAACACUUUAUUGCUACUCUAGCAAUAAUGCGUAAAUGUCGCGUAGAGGGAUAGUCCACUCUAGUAGAAAACAUAGGGUAACGCUUACACCUUCGGUCGAUGGUUGGCUCGCGGGUCUUGGGGCGUUGAUGUGGUUAGUGGUUCGUUUCCCGCAGGUCAGCAGAGCAAGAGAGACUGUCUCCCUGCCUGGUCGGCUGUUUUAUCCACCUCACGUCUCCCUCCCCACCGCGAGGGUUGUUUCCUUCGCAGGGGCAUGUUCCCUUUCCCACGAGCAGGGACGCAAGGAUUGGCACGAGGAGCGGCGGGAAAGAAGGGGUUGCCCGGAAAGGGGCAACUGUGCUCCUCUCCUAGCAGCCCCUUGGCUCCCGCCGUCUGUUCGCGAUCGCGCCAGUGUUAAGGAAAGGAAAUGGGCGCGCAUGCUCUCCCACAGGUUCUGCAUGUGCAUGUUUUUCUAGACAUCCAUAUUGUUCUAUAAAGGGGCAUAUUAAACUCCAGCUAUCACAUUAUCCUUGUUGGUGAUGCAGUUUACAUGCUGAGAUUCUAUACACCAACCAACCAGAAAAUAUCUUUUGGCAUCUUUCAGGAACAUUGAAGUCAAACAUCAGGGAUGAGACUACACUCCUGUCUGCUGUUUAAAAAUUGCCAUUCAAAAUACUACGUUGCUUCACUUUAACGCAGGUGAAUGAAGGAGAUCGAAAGACUCGUAAUAUCAUUUGAAGCUUCCGAGACUGUUGACACAUGUGAAGACCUCCCUGUACUCUGAAGUUUUUAGUCUUCGACAGUCUUUGGGGUCACACACACAUGUAACGGAGAUGAAAUGCCAUAAAAUGCAUUCCAGCUGGCAAAAUAGGUUUUAUUUAAAAUUUUUCAUAUCAGAUAGCAACGUAAUUCUCAUUACCAUUAUUACAUUGCUUACUAUUAACCAGGCCAACUCGGGUUUGUAAUUCCAAAAAAAGUGAUCGCACAACUCUUGGCUCACGGUUACUUUAUUUUCUCACUUGGGUAGCAGUUAACUUGGAUCCGAGUCAUUAUAUAAAGCCUUUCGGUUUCAACUUAAUCUGCCCCAGUUGACUUCAGAAUGUGUGGUUAGCUAAUGGUUCACACUUAAAAAGGCCCUGCAACGCUUUUUCAGCAUGGUCAGAAUACGCUGCCAAUCGGUAGUCGAGGUUCCUGAGAACACGCGAGCCAAACAUUAUGGUGCAGUACGCGACCUGGAAUUUACAAUUAAUUCUCAGUCAGCUAGAAAUUGUUCUCGCUUUCUACAAAUGAUGCCAUAUACCCAAAUUCAUGACCAAUUGCUGAUUUGAGCAUCGUGAGCUGCAUAGUUACCAUGACCGCCACAGGAGGCCGCCACGUGUCGCACACGCACGCGAUCACACUGAAAGUAAGCUGCGCAUUCGAAGAAAUAAAAAGAGAAAAAGUUCUGAAGGUCAUGACGCGUGCAUUACGUAACUUCUUUCCCCCAUGCCAUCCCUCCCUGCUUGGCUUUCAGCGCCCUCAUCGGGAUGAGAGAAAGCAAUUACAGUGUGCGACAAAUCUCUCUAGCUCCGCUCAUACUUGAUGGAUUUUAAACAUCUUGGCGGCAGUCGAUUCACGAGGCAAUAAACUCCUUUAAUGAAGCCAAUCGAUGGUUACUUGGAAAAGUGUUGCAGGACCCUUUUAAAUGUAUAAACGAUUUUCUCGUGGGCACCGCCAUGUUGCUUAGCAGGCGGCGCUGUCUCUAAUCUGGCUACUGGCUUGCGCAUAUGCGCGAACACUAGUCUUUUCAUGGCCGUGCGCACUCUGAGCCAUUAUGCGCAGACAGGCGUGAACUUUGAAACGUUUCCAUACACCAGAAAGCAGGAAAACGCGAGUUGCCAAACAGCUCAUCCUCGCCCCCUGAAACGGUCUAUAGGACGUGACCUCCAGCAUUGUAAUAAGCUGGAGUUUAGCCAACCUUUUGAAGUUUAGCCAACCUUUUAAAGUUAUUUGUAGUCAGAAGAAUGGUUAUAUCACAAAGGCUGCAUUAGUUUUUCAAUCCGCUGCCAAGUGUUCACUGUCAGUCGCAAAAGUGCAUCAUGGCAAGCACGCAUGCAUACCACAUUUGAGCAGCUUUUAUCUCUGCUACUAAAGAGUAAAACAUCUGAAUGCAGCAGCUUGGAACAUGUUUGUCGUUCUCAUCAACCAACUUUUUUUUUCUUUUUCCACCUGGAGUGUUGUUUUGUUAUGUGGUUAUCACGUUGAGGGCAUUACACUAGACGAGCAAGUUGACUGUUUUGUGUGUCUCACUUGUCUGCAAUACACAUAUCGCGGGGGAAAUGCACAUCGUCUCACCCUGCCUACCAAUUGCGGGCAAUUUCUGCCGAAUCAACUGUUUGUCCUGGCACGUAUUUAGUUGGAAGUUUGGGAUAUGUACUCGCUUAUGUCUCACAAAAAGCUGAGAAUUGCCCAAUAAACCUUUUAUUCUCCUAUG